AUGACUAUACAGCCGAAUAAGAACGCAAUGAACACUUCGAUCAAGAGGUCUGUGUGAACCUAGCCGGAGAACGCAAAUACCAUCCUCAGUAGUGAUGAGGUCGAAGCAUCUGGAAUCGCGUGUUUAUUUUAACGUGUUGGUUAAAAAAACUCGUCAGUGACCAACUGAAGAAAUUCCUUUUCAAAGGAAUUUUAUGCUGGCGUACAGUACAUAAAUUCUCACACGAUGUUUGGACAGUUGAAACCGUCAAAUAACAUUGCGGGUUUACUACUGGAAACUUCCUUUAGCUCGGUUAUGAGUGCAUCGUCUGCAUUGUCCCGCCAUCCUAGAAGACCCGUUUGGUUAAAUGUUCGUGAGGGACAUUUGAGAACUUAAUAUGCAAUCUUAUUUUUUUGAAAAGACACGCCCCUGACAUAGUCGAUGCUAUCUGGUAGAAACAUAGAGAUUCCCCGACCCUUUUCUUCAUUUCAGUCCAUGGGCAGAGUCCGAAUGCCGUCCAACAAGACUUCUGUGGUUUCUAUCUGUUCAUUUAGCUAUGUCUCGGUUAGAGCUUACAAGUCAGAUUGAAGACUGGUUACAGUCAGAUUGAUUUCAUCAAAUUUGCUGAAUAGACUCUGUACAUUUGUGGAAAUCAUCAUCAUAUUAUUCCUUUCCUUCGAUCUCUGGAAACUAUACGCAUGUCCCAUUGAUGGAUAUUCCGUAUAACGUACCCAAUCCACUAUGUCAAGUUCGAAUAUGCAGAUGUUUUGUGCAACUGACGGUCAGUGUAUUUGCCAUUGAUUUCUUCGGAUAACUCAACAGAAACGAGAACUGUAUUUGUAAGACCCAGUUAUCGGCCAUUUUGAGAUUUAUUUAUCGCUGUCGCUCUCACGCUUUCUCAGUUCUGCUACCGGUGCUCUCUUUUCCAUCCGACUGGUAGGUAAUAGUAAAGAUAAAAACACACUGCGCUGGUUGAUUCGAAGAUCGGACUUUUGAAAAAAAGAGUUCUGCCAGUUGUUAGCAUCCUAGGACUACUUGCGGCGGUUCCGGUCAAGCUUCCUCCAUGUUAUUUAUCUCUAAAAGGGUUGGACAAAAGAUAUUUUGAGUUUCGACCGCCAUAAUUUGUUCUUAAGCGUCACUCAGUAACCUGUCGAAUGUCCGAAAAUCAUUUUUAGAUGAUUCUUUUAAAGUCUCAGCAGAAACCUCCGGAAAUUCCUGAACUACCGAGCAACGUGAUCUGUCAGGGAAACGAUUGAUGACUGUAUCCUGCAUACUUUCAAGGAUGCAUUCACAUUUAGAGGUGGAGGAAGUGUAGCUCCUGUCACACUUAUGACAACGACAGGCAAUAUUCAGGUGCCAUCGUCAAGGUCGUUUGCGCAAAAUUCCUGUUUACUUGUAUAAGCAGAUUUGUUACCGUUAUACUAUUGUCACUGGUAUUCGCGGCUGCAUUUUCUGGUUCCUCACCUGUAUUUUGACAUGCUACUGGUACAGUAUUAUUUUGGACUUGAUUUGUUUUUCGAUUUGCCUGAGUCUUACACUGAUAACGUCCUGUUGGUCAUUAACGUUCUGUUGCAUGCACGUUCUUAGAUCCGUAAGACCAGCAUCCGAUUUUUUCAACUUCGAGCAUGACAUAUGCCCAACGAUCGCAUGAUUUAUCCUCUUAUUCCUAAAUUCUUACGCUUAUGACGAUUAUGGGGUGCUGUGCCGACCCGUGCAUGCAAACAUUAAGGAGGCGAGUGCAGACAUUAGAUGUGAAAGUAAUCUUAACAAGCUUUGCUCUAAAUUUGGUGCCGCUGCUGCUCAUGAUACUAUCGUAAAAUUGCUGACAGUCCAUGGACGUCGAACUAGGGAAAAGACGCAUUUUCACUUUUGAAACUAUAGCGAAUAUCUCGAGUUUGUUUUGUGUGGCAUAUAAUGGGCAGUUAGGACUCAAUGUCGCGAAUAGAUAAUUUAUCAGAUCCCAUCUAACAGACUUACGCGCCACAAAUAAACUCAAAUUAGCAAAUUAACUGUAGCAUUUAAGAUUUAACGGUAUAAAUGCGUGUCUCAAGGAAAGCUUGAUACGAUAAAAAGGAAUCAUCUCGCAGAAGUUGAACAGUACUUACCGACAUCAACUCGUAACUUCUGUUUGUUUUAAUCAUCUGUUCACAAUUCGUCUCUCGGUCUUUCAGUUCGUCCGAGCUAACGGUGGUGUUAUUUCACGCACACCAUACUUGGGGUGUAUUUAUUAACACUUUCCUGGUAAUCCUUUCCUUCUUGUUUUUAUCCUUGAGGUCUGCCUAUUGAACGGUGAUAAUACGUUCUGCUUACCUUUUCUUUCGGUCUGUACCUCGUACGUUUUAUGUAAAGCGUAAAUUGGUAAGAUGAAAAAGUGCCAAGCGCCCCUUGGCGCUGAAGAUAAUCGGCAGUGUGCAUAAUGCAUUACACGGUGUAGACCGUAUGCACCUCACUGAAUAGGGCAGAAAAUCGUCGAUUGAAUAGUCGCAACAACUGCCUUCAGUAGCCUAUAUUAUUACUAAGUGUCUGGGCUGGCUAGUAUUCUAAGAAGAGUGAAGAGCACCACGUAGUCUGAAAUGACUGUUAGGCAGAAUUUCACAGAAUUCUAAAACGUCCACGUGUAGUACAAACUUUUGGAACUCUGUUGCUUUCCAUGACUCAAAGUCACUUCAACACGUGUUGAGGUAGGUGCCUACCUCGCUGAGAAAAUUCAGUAGGAAGGUAAGUGUUAAGCAAACAUAUAUUCUGGUCUAUUGCCUGAACUUCCGUUGACUUAAGAAUGGGUGGCGUCGUGCAACCGGUCGCUUUCGACCGACGACUCCUAACCCAUAAACUCAGCAGCUUAUUCACAACACCUAGAUACACGUCAUGUAGUGGAUCAAGAAAAAAAUCGGAAAUUAAUUUUAGAUUAUAAAUUAGAGAUGGAGAGAUGCCAACUCUGUGCUUGUCGUCUAUUGGCUGCAUAAAGUCCUCAUCCUUCCUCAUUCCUUGCCCUUCCUCUAGAUAAACUACUUUUUCCUUAUAAACUGACGCUGUACAACCUUCGCAGCCAUGAUAGGCAUUGAUUUCUUGAUUUGUUUAACAAAGGCCCUAACAGGCGCAUCACGAACUCGACUGCGAUAUGGACGUCAAUUGAGCUCUUGAGUUGGUCUAAACAGAUUCCCUGUUUCUGAACUGUUUUACAGAAUUCGUAAACGUCUGACAGCUUACAGUUUCCGCGAUAAAUACCUACGGAAAAUACGUCAUUGACAAAGCGCCGCACCACUCUUCCUAAAAUAGGCCAAAUUUCCGUCCUCGAUUUUCUAUAAACCUAAAGACCGUCAAUAGCCAAGUUUUUAGCCACAUUAUCUGCUGCGGUGACUGUAUUAAUAUGCAGUAGUCUACGAAUUUGCCUUACCAAACCUACGUGCAUGUAUUCACCACUACCCAUGGGGUUUACCUACAAGAUAUACGAAGCUCCGAAAAGCGUCCUUGGAUCGAUUGGCAGUUCGGGCACAAUAGGCCUUAAGAUAUCCAAAAGAUCUCGCAAGUGUGAGUGCCCUAUGUUGUAUCCAGGAGCUCAAUUUCGCAACUUCUGAAUCGUUCAAUUAUCUGUUUGAAUACAGCAACUACUUCCACUUGCCGUCUCUUGUGAAACUUCUGGAUGGACGAAUAUCGCUGGACUGGUGGUAAGCAAUGUGCACACUUCCGAUUCACGAGACUCUCGCCAACGAAUUGUAUUUAGCUAAAGCAUUCUCCGAAGUCUGUUCCGAUCUGUGUCUUUUCUGGACAAUUUCUUUAAUAUCACGACGAGCCUUGUCUGCAUGUCUCCUUAUGCGACGUGUACGUGUGUUCUCAGACUCCUAGGUAAGCAUUAUUACCAAAAUGUGAAAACAGUUAACAAGUAUCAACCAAAAACAGCAAUGUCACUCAAGCGCAGUCACGUCACGCCGUCAACACAUGAUAAUGACGCUUACGCGCGCGCGCAGGCAGAACGCGAUUAAAGAAAGGUGACUAACGAGCACUCAGAUUACAUUUAAGAGGCAACCAAUGACGCGUCGGGGACUUAUAUCUCGAAAAUUCGUCAUUUCAGUAUAUCGACUCGAUAUCCGUCUGCUACUAGGGAUAUAGCCAGUGUUACAUAAAUUCUCGUCUACACACUCCCUGUUCUAGGUUACUGCGUGUGUUGUGAACUGCCUGUCCUCAACUCAACCGAAACCUUUGACGGGUACGAAACCCUACUGUUUAAAUAACCAUCUUGGUGUGCGCCUCGCGCGUUUAAAGGGGUUGGGACCUUUGGUUUACGUCGGUAGGCAUAAAGUCAUGGUUGUGGUUCAUAUUGAAGGACGUUACCAUAAUUCCGCCCUUCUUUCUGUAAACCGCAUUAAAAAAAUUGGGUGUUUCGUGCCAAGUAAUAGUAGUCGAUAUUUCCGACUGGACUGAUUUUAUUAGUGACUUCAUCCAAGUCACUCAGUGACUGGGAUUCCGGUCGGUCUGUAACCCAACAGGAAACCCUAGUAGCAAAUCCGUAGCGAAGUGACAGCGAGUCGCUUAGGAUAAGUCGCGACAGGUAUGACCGACUAUCGGAUUUUGUCUAUUCGGUCGCUACGGAAACAACAGCGAAAAGUCGCGAUACGACGCCACACAGCUCCGGGACGGGACAUCAUUCCUUUGUGGACUAUGCCUUUUAGCACCUACUAAUUCGCAGGUUCUCCAGGAAAAAUUUAACUGAAGGCUUUUUUCAUGUAGUAAAAGAAAAGAUUUUAUUGUAAAGAAAAAGGCACAACUUAUCUUCAGAUCUCCUGCGUCCGGUUCCAAGCCAAGGCGUAUUAAGAAAAUGGUUAUACUAGCUGCCAGAGUCAUGCAGUAUUGGAUCUGGCUGUGAACGUUGUUUCGUAGAGCGUCGAAAAAUCUUAACCGCCUUCUGAUGGCGGCCUCGAGCUCAUACACAUCUACUUGGUCCCUCUGUUCCAAGCCGCGUAAACAUCUAUUUAGCAAAAUGAAUUACACAUAAGCAAUAGAGUACCCUUUGAUGACCUCGUAUGCCUGUGAACCACAGGAUUUCCUUCGGUUUUUGCCUCGUCGUCGAGGAGGGCAUAAAACACCCUCAUGAAGUAAUCAUCCGUGCUGUGUCCGCCGAGAGAGACCAAGAAUUUCCUCUAUAUGUCGUAAAAUCCGUGAGACUUUACUAGUUGAUUCCUGACCAACGAGUCAUGAGGCCUACUGUUCACCUCCGGGAAGUCGAAUUUCGUGCAUAUGGGCCGCCUUAUGGAGUUGGUAGGCAAGGCAGCGUCCCACAUUCUCGGAACAGACUGCAGAUAGUUAACAAGCAUCUGCAUGGUGUGCAGGCUCCCAUGGAUUUUGUGUCGCAAAGCUCGUUAACUACCGAAUCAUGACAAUAGCAACGAAGUUGGACGACCAAACAAGAAUAGUACCUGAUAGACAGGUGUACGUUUAUCCGCCGCGCGUAUACGUAAAGAGCACAAAUAUGUGAAACAAGCUAACACAAUGAGGUUUGUUUCCGGUGUGAUGAGUCCUGGCCAGGGAGGUCGCAUCUGGAGCGGAUGCAAGCGUAACAUUCUCCCCAUCGUCGAUACCGAAAGGAAUCAGAGCUGGAUCGCACCUUUAUUUUCCUUUUCGAAAAGUUGUUGUAUGCGUGGGACUGAAAUGCCAACUCAGGUCGUGCUGUGACAGGGCCUUGUUCUACUGUGUGUGAAUGACCGGUAACUUAGCUCAACUCGUUUGGCAGACUGAAGUUCUACGCUUCCAAUCGAUAAUCUACACUCCAACAAGGAGUUUUCCCAAACGACAGACCCAGCCUAUCUGUCGUCCUUGCUAUUCUUUUUCUGUCGUUCCCCUCUGUCGCCAUUUCUCUUGUUGAUCAAAUACAUAUUCCCUUGUUAUCAAGUCGUUCGCGAUCCUUGGUUUUAUUCGUGUUUUGUGUGACUGCAUAGAAUAACCCUCAACCGCCUGCAGACGAAAACGCCAAGGACGUUGCAGUCGUUGCGCCAAAAAGGGGUAACGGAAGUCAGCCGUAUCUGAAUCUGUCAGCCUCUCUUCGCUUACUUACGGACAGUACGUUUUUACAAAAUUAAUUGAUUGAGAGUAAAGCUUUAGUCUUUUUGCGUCGACGGUCUGAUGGCGUAUCUUAUCGUCCUUAUCAGCACAAUCAUCGCCAUUAG